AUUCGAGUCUCGGUUUAAACUUGGACUACGGAUGAAGCAGCUCUGACGACAUUGGUCGUUCCGAGAAAAGCAUGAAAGAAGACAAGAUAAGAUAACCCACAAAUACCUCUUCCUUAACUUCACCAUGAAGGCUUUUCGUAAUGGCACGCAUCUGAGCAGCGCGACGUCGGGCUGCAUCCUACGGCCCCACCGUUCUCCAACACCUCCGAUUCGACUUAGUAGCAACCACUUUACACCACGACGAGGCAUUGCCUUUAGUAGACGCGUGCUACCCUCUAUAUCUUCUUGGACCCUAGAUUCCCGCUCGUACAGCGUUAAUCAUAAGACCCCCCAGCCACCACCCUUUGCUUUUGCCUUUGAUAUAGAUGGUGUACUUCUCCAUGUCGCGAAGCCGAUUCCCGGCGCGACGUAUGCUCUAAAGCACUUACAAGAGCAUAACAUCCCGUUUAUAUUGCUCACCAAUGGCGGAGGCAAGCAUGAGACGGAUCGCGUGAAAGAUCUGAGCAACCGCCUUGGCGUUCAUCUUACUACGGACAAUUUCGUUCAAUCCCAUACACCGUUCCAGGAGCUCGUCCACCAUGGCCACAAUUCCCAGGGUCUACGAGAUAAGAAUAUCCUCGUCACGGGCUCCGACCCCACCAAGUGCAGGGACAUCGCCGAAAAGUACGGCUUCAAGCACGUCAUAAUCCCCGCAGACAUCCUCAUGGCCCAGCCGACCAUCUGGCCGUUCGAGCCGCUGAUGAAAGAGGUAUACGCAGCAACAGCACGACCCCUAGCAUCUUCGAACCCAAAGAUCGACGCGAUCUUCGUGUUCAACGACCCCCGCGACUGGGCUCUAGAUAUCCAGAUAAUAUCGGACCUACUCCUGUCGCAGCAAGGCGUGCUCGGCACGUACUCCACCAAUAACGGGAACCCAGACCUACCAAACCGUGGGUGGCAGCGCGACGGCCAGCCGUCCCUGUUCUUCAGUAACCCGGACCUAUUCUGGAGCGCGGCGUACCCGCUCCCACGGUUCGGACAGGGCGCCUUCCAGGCUGCGCUCGCGGGCGUGUGGGACGAGGUCACGGGGGGCAAGGCGGAGCUCGAGAGGACGGUGAUCGGGAAGCCGUAUGCCAGGACGUACGGGUUCGCGGAACGCGUGCUCAACGCGCACAGGGCGAAGACAUUGGGCGUGGACGCGGAGAAGUUGGAGCCGCUGAAGAGGGUUUACAUGGUGGGCGAUAACCCGGCAAGCGACAUCCGUGGCGCAAACGAAUAUGUUUCGCCCCUUGGCACGAAGUGGUCGUCAAUACUGGUGAGAACUGGGGUUUGGAAUCCCGAUAGGGGUGGGAGUCCGGCGUAUUGGCCGGAUGUGAUUGCUAAGGACGUGAAAGAAGCUGUGGAGACGGUGUUGACACAUGAGAAAUGGUGAGUGAGUGAGUGAAGGGAGAUGAGGUGUUGUGUGGUGUGUUGGCGAGAUUUGAAUAGGGGGAAGAUGACAUAGUCCUAUGGAUGAUCUCAUAUGACCGAGAACGGGCAAUGGGAUGGAUACAUAGGUAGAUUAUCUGAUAUUCCCAUAUAUUACCUACAUAGAAUAUGCAUUUUUAAUUAUCUACAGAUCUCUUC